AUGCAGAAAAGACACCGUGAGUUCGACGAUGCUAAUGUGAAACGCCAUAAACAAGAAAUAAUGGACGAAGGUAAUAUCGAUGAGGCUUUGUUGAAUGAAAACAACAACGAUGGCACCGCAGUUGCUGCUGCUGUGGCUGCUGCUGCCACCGCUGCCACCGAGGCCAAUACUAAUUCAAAUUAUGAUGACGACGAUGAGGAAGAUGUCAGAAAACACAAUCGUUCUCACGAGGAUAUCGACGACGACGAGGACAAAGAUCCAGACCAUGUUCCAGAAGAUGGUGAUGGUGACGCUGAAGAAGAAGAGGAUGAUGCCGAGGGCCGUGGCGGUAAUAACAAACGUCGUCACAAAUCCGAAGAGGCUGGGGAUGAGAAAAAUCUUGGUUCUAACGAUGACGAUGAGACCAGAUCAAAUAGAGAACAAGAAGAGGAAGAACAGCACCAAGCUGAACAUGAUCACGAUCACGAUCACGAUCAUAACAAUGACAUUGCUAGCCAAAACGAAGGUGACGAGGCUAAUGCAGAUGAGUCCGGCAACGGUUCAGAUACGGGAGGAAAUAGUGUCUCUGCUCUGGUGAGAAGAGCCAAGAAAGCUACCCCAGCUACUGGAUCCGCUGAAUGGAAACAACAGCGCAAGGACUCCCACAAGGAAGUCGAACGUAGACGUCGUGAGAAUAUCAACAUGGCUAUUAAUAAAUUAAGUGAUUUGUUGCCUGUCAAAGAGAGUAGCAAGGCCGCAAUUUUAUCAAGAGCUGCAGAAUAUAUUCAAAAACUAAAAGAAACAGAAAAUGCAAAUAUCGAAAAGUGGACUUUGCAGAAAUUAUUAAGUGAACAAAACGCCUCACAAUUGACAAGUGCCAAUGAAAAAUUACAAGAAGAACUUGGCAAUGCUUACAAAGAGAUCGAGGUCUUGAAGACCAAAGUCAAAGAAUUCGAAGAUAAAUGA